CUUCUGCCGUCUCUAUCUUUCUGGGGCUGCCGGACCCCUGGGUGCAGGAGGCGCCUCCAGAUUGGCCUGGCUUCUGUGACGCUGGCCCAGGUCACACGUCAAGACCCUCGGUGUGCAACUCUGCCUACAAGCACACUGCCGCCUGCCAGGAAAAGUUCCCUAGGUGCUCUAGCCCCUGGUUCACUCGGCCAGACUCACCAUGUGUGAAGAGGAGACCACUGCGCUCGUGUGUGACAAUGGCUCUGGCCUGUGCAAGGCUGGCUUUGCAGGAGAUGACGCCCCCCGGGCUGUCUUUCCUUCCAUUGUGGGUCGUCCUCGCCACCAGGGUGUAAUGGUGGGAAUGGGCCAGAAAGACAGCUACGUGGGGGAUGAGGCUCAGAGCAAGCGAGGGAUCCUAACUCUCAAAUACCCCAUUGAACACGGCAUCAUCACCAACUGGGAUGACAUGGAGAAGAUCUGGCACCACUCCUUCUACAAUGAGCUGCGGGUAGCACCUGAGGAGCACCCCACCCUGCUCACGGAGGCCCCGCUAAAUCCCAAGGCCAACAGGGAGAAGAUGACCCAGGUAAGAGGCCAGGAAGACUUGAGCACUGGCAUUGUCCUGGAUUCAGGGGACGGUGUCACCCACAAUGUCCCGAUCUACGAGGGCUAUGCACUGCCCCAUGCCAUCAUGCGCCUUGAUCUGGCUGGCCGCGACCUCACAGACUACCUCAUGAAGAUCCUCACAGAGAGAGGCUAUUCUUUUGUGACCACAGCCGAGCGAGAAAUCGUGCGAGACAUCAAGGAGAAGCUGUGCUAUGUGGCCCUGGACUUUGAGAAUGAGAUGGCCACGGCAGCCUCCUCUUCCUCCCUGGAGAAGAGCUACGAGCUGCCAGAUGGGCAGGUCAUCACUAUUGGCAAUGAGCGCUUCCGCUGCCCUGAGACCCUCUUCCAACCCUCCUUCAUUGGCAUGGAGUCAGCUGGAAUUCAUGAAACAACCUACAAUUCCAUCAUGAAGUGUGACAUUGACAUCCGCAAGGAUUUAUACGCCAACAAUGUCCUCUCUGGGGGUACAACCAUGUACCCCGGCAUUGCUGACAGAAUGCAGAAGGAGAUCACAGCCCUGGCCCCCAGUACCAUGAAGAUCAAGAUUAUUGCUCCCCCAGAGCGGAAGUACUCAGUCUGGAUCGGAGGCUCCAUCCUGGCCUCUCUCUCCACCUUCCAGCAGAUGUGGAUCAGCAAGCCAGAGUAUGAUGAGGCAGGGCCCUCCAUCGUCCACAGGAAGUGCUUCUAAAGUCAGAACAGAUUCUCUGGGGGUCUCCUUGAGACUGCUCUGUUAACAAUCAUGAAACAGUAAAACCUAC